AUGAUCAUCACGGGCAAAGAUGAAGCAGAGCAUUUACGAAAUUUAGACGCUGUGCUUGGCAGAUUGGCAGAAUAUGGACUCAGACUUCGUUCAUUCUUGGGGAUUGUGAACUACUAUGCACGUUUCAUUCCCAAUUUAUCUACAGUGCUUCACCCACUGUACAACUUAUUAGAGAAGGACCGCAAGUGGUGUUGGUCAAAAGACUGUGAGGAGGCUUUCAAGACUGUUAAAAAGCUCAUAACAUCAGAUGAAGUACUUACCCACUAUGAUCCAAACUUACCAUUAUGUCUUGCAACAGACGCCUCUCCUUACGGCCUUGGAGCUGUUUUGAGCCACAUUAUGCCCAAUGGUGAAGAGAGACCAAUUGCUUAUGCGUCACGUUCACUCAGCACAUAUGAGAAAAACUACUCACAGAUAGAGAAGGAAGCUCUAGGAAUUAUCUGGGGAGUAAAACGUUUCAACACUUAUGUUUAUGGAAGAAGUUUUCGUCUCAUUACAGACCACGAACCACUAAUCUCUAUAUUUGGUCCAAAGAAGGGAAUUGCAAACACAACAGCAGCUAGGUUGCAGAGGUACGCACUGUUCCUGGCUGGCUACAACUAUGAUAUAAUCUACAGAAAUACGAAGAAACAUGGAAAUGCUGACAGUUUGUCCCGCUUACCUGUCACGUGUGAGGGUAGCCGAUUAGUAGACAAAGAAGAGGAAGCGGAAGUGGAGAUGUUGCAUGUCAGUCAACUGGAACAUCUACCUAUCAAACCUGAAGCAAUCCAACGUGAAACUAGGCGUGAUUACCUCUUAUCGAAAGUUUACGAUAAUGUGUCCAGAGGUUGGUGUGCAAAUUCAGAGUCGAAGGAGAUGGAUCCAUACUUUACACGCCGUAGUGAACUUACUAUUCACCAGAACUGUCUAUUAUGGGGAAUACGUGAUGUGAUUCCGCCGUCACUACGAAGUCAAGUUUUGGAUGAGCUACAUCAAGGUCACAUUGGUGUUGUUAAAAUGAAAACCUUAGCAAGAAGUCAUGCUUGGUGGCCAGGGAUAGAUCGGGAUAUAGAACUUUUGACAAAGAGCUGUGCUGGAUGUCAGGCAGUAAAGCAUGCACCACCAGCCGCACCUAUUCACCCCUGGGAAUGGCCAUCUAGACCUUGGGAAAGGAUCCAUAUCGAUUUUGCGGGUCCGUUUCUCAAUUCAAUGUUCUUAGUCAUUGUUGAUGCUUACUUCAAGUGGCCAGAGGUGAUACCUAUGAAAACUACCACAUCUUCCCAGACCAUAGAUGUAUUACGUACCGUUUUUGCACGUAAUAGCUUACCAUCACAAAUUGUAAGUGACAAUGGACCUCAAUUCACAUCAGAAGAGUUUGCGAAUUUUACCAGAGGAAACGGUAUAAAACACAUAACCUCAGCACCCUAUCACCCCAGUACUAAUUUAGCAGAAAGAUUUGUGCAGUCAUUCAAGAUGAGUCUCAAGUCGAGUAAAAAGGAAAAUGGUAGCAUGGUGAAGAAACUCAAUUUUCUUAUGGCUUACCGUAAUGCUCCACAGUGCACAACAAAUGAAAGUCCAGCAAAACUAUUCAUGGGCAGAAACUUACCAUCUCGUUUAGAUCUCAUGAAACCAGAUGUCAGGAGGAAAGUAGAGGAGAAACAGUGUGAAGUGCGCGAAAGAAGAAAAAGUGUGUUACGUAAAUUCGAACCAGGAGAUUCUGUUGCUGUUCGUGACUACCGAAAGGAUCAUUCUCAGUGGACUUCCGGAACUGUGACAGCUCAGACUGGACCUGUAUCAUAUUCUGUAGAAGUAACACCAGGAGUCACAUGGAGACGACACGCUGAUCAGUUGCGUUCUUCGAAUGUGCCAAUUCAGGAGGACUUACAUAUUCAACCUAGUAACACAGCUGUGAGUCAAGAACCAGUGAAGUCAAACAUCGCGAAACAGAACUCACCCGCGUCCAAUGCAGAAUCAUGUCCUUGGCAUCCAUCCAAUGACGACAGUGCUAUGCCAUCUACUCAAGCCGUUCCUGAACCAAGAUAUCCGAGUCGUGUCAGGAAACCGCCCAAACAUCUUGCAGAUUAUGUUUGA